AACGUCGACCUUCUGUCAUUUGUUCAUUGGUGAUCAGCUUUUACGUGAAGUCAUAAUUUGAAGUAUACUUUUUGUUUUUGUCGGACUGUAGGCGAAAAACGUGUUUUACGAAACUGAAAUGAAGGACACGUUGGACCUUGUCCACAGGUUUAAUGCUCAUCCAGAUUCGCGCUGCUGGUUCGUAGCGUGGAACCCAAGGGGCACAUUGCUGGCUUCUUGCGGUGGGGACCGAGCCAUUAGGAUAUGGGGUAAAGAAGGUGAUUCUUGGGAGUGUAAGUGCGUGUUGUCAGAUGGCCAUCAACGCACAGUCAGAAAGGUGGCGUGGUCACCCUGUGGCAAUUACCUGGCAUCUGCUAGCUUUGAUGCCACAACAUGUAUAUGGAAGAAGAACAAUAACGAUUUUGAGUCUCUGACUGUUUUGGAGGGUCAUGAGAAUGAGGUGAAAUGUGUUGCGUGGGCCCCAUCAGGCAACCUGCUGGCCACCUGUAGCAGAGACAAGAGUGUCUGGGUUUGGGAAGUGGAUGAGGAAGACGAGUAUGAGUGUGUUAGUGUGGUGAAUUCACACACACAGGAUGUGAAGCAUGUUGUGUGGCACCCCACACAGGAGCUUCUGGCAUCUGCCAGUUAUGACAACACAGUGUGCAUUUAUAAGGAAGAGGAUGACGAUUGGGAAGUCAGGGCUACACUGGAGGGACACACGUCCACAGUCUGGAGCUUGGCUUUCGACCCGAACGGCCAGAGACUGGCCUCCUGUAGCGAUGACCGCACGGUGAAGAUUUGGAAAGAAUGCCAACCUGGCGAUGGUGAUUCUGCAGAGGGGACAUGGAAGUGUGUGUGUACCUUAUCUGGGUUCCAUGACCGCACAAUUUAUGACAUCGCAUGGUGUCGUCUGACUGGCGCCCUAGCAACAGCGUGCGGUGACGACGGAGUGCGUAUAUUUAAGGAGGAUGCGACCUCUGACCCCGACCAGCCCAUCUUUUCCCUGUCUGCGCACGUGCCUAGAGCUCAUAGUCAGGACAUCAACUGUGUGGCAUGGCACCCGAAGGAGGCGGGACUACUGGCCACCUGCAGUGACAAUGGGGAGAUUGGCAUCUGGAAAUACAAAUCCGAGGAAUGAACUGACCUAAGACCACCCCACAAAGCUGCGGUUUUACAAAGAGCACUGACUUUUCCAGUAGCAGUAGUAUUGAGGUGUUAACAGUUGAGAACACAUGCAUUUGCAAAUCUCUGGUUACUUACAACAUCCCUGGAUUAAAAAGAAAAAAGUAUUGGAAUUUUGAUUAAAUAUAUGAUGUAGUCAUAUAUUUCUACUAAAAUCUACUCUGACACCAUAAAUGAUUGUCAUAGCCAUCAUAUUAUUUAUUUAUUUCUCAAGACUUUGUCACCACACAAACUUUCACCUACAGACUGUACCUUGGUUCUUAAAUUACUGGUCAAAGUUGAAUUCAUUUCCGCUUAUUCCGCUGCUGCCACAAAGUAUUCUCGGAAGUUUUGGUAAUUUUGUUGUUUUGCUUGUCGUAACUGAG